UCAUCCGCCUUCGCAGUUAACAUGGAAUUAAAAAGUUCAUAAAGCCUAUUCAAUUUGAACUCAUUAGCGAAGCGGACAGAAAACCGGAUCUGAUUAUCUGAGGCCUGUUCUUACUUGUUUCUCUACUGCUGUUGCCAUGGGAGAGCUCUUCUAAACCCUAACCCUAGCUCCCGGCGGUUCUCCCGCCUACCAUAUCCUCGAUAUCUUUCCCCGCCCAUCAGUCGGAAGAGCGGCCGCAGCGGAGUCAGAGUCGGGAUGGAAAAUCACAAGAGAAACGUUCCCCGUCUUCGCGUUCGCGUGACGGCGAAGAAGCGGGGGAAGGAGCAGGAUUCUUCUGCAGGAUCCUCGAAAAAGCCGCGGGAGCGAGAGUGUGUGAAUUCGGUCACCAAGCUCCAGCGGCGCGAGAUCGGAGGGUUCCCUAGAAUCGCGCGGGGCACCUCGUCGAAUGCACCUGAGAAGUUCCGGAACAUACAGCUCCAGGAGGAGUUUGAUACUUAUGAUCACAAUGUUCAUUGGUUUUUAAAAUUACAAUUUCUCAAGAAGAGAUCUAAGAUUAUAGAGAUUGUUGCGGCAAAGGAUGUCAUAUUUGCUCUUGCUCAGUCUGGUCUCUGUGCAGCCUUUAGUCGCACAUCUAACAAACGCAUUUGCUUCUUGAAUAUAAGUCCUGAUGAAGUAAUUAGAAGCCUUUUCUAUAAUAAGAACAACGAAUCAUUGAUUACAGUAUCAGUUUAUGCCUCUGACCACUUCAGUUCCUUGAAAUGCCGGACCACUCCAAUAGAAUAUAUAAGGAGAAAUCAACUUGAUGCUGGAUUCCCUCUUUUUGAAACCGAAUCUCUAAAAUGGCCAGGUUUUGUUGAAUUUGAUGACGUGAAUGGCAAAGUUCUUACCUAUUCAGCUCAGGACGGAAUAUACAAGGUUUUUGACCUAAAGAACUAUUCCUUUUUGUACUCAAUAUCCGAUAAGAAUGUACAGGAGAUUAAGAUCAGUCCAGGAAUCAUGCUAUUGAUAUGUCGUAGAAAUCCUGGUUAUGUUCCAUUAAAGAUACUUUCAAUUGAAGAUGGCACAGUUUUAAAAUCUUUCAAUCACUUGUUACACCGUAACAAAAAGGUCGACUUCAUUGAGCAGUUCAAUGAGAAGCUUCUAGUCAAGCAAGAGAAUGAAAAUCUUCAGAUCCUAGAUGUUAGGAAUUCAGAACUAACUGAAGUGGAAAAGACACAAUUCAUGACUCCUUCGGCAUUCAUCUUCCUGUACGAAAAUCAUCUUUUCCUGACAUUUAGAAGCAGGACCGUCGCUGUGUGGAAUUUCCGGGGAGAACUGGUCACCUCUUUUGAAGACCACUUGUUGUGGCACCCUGACUGUAAUACGAACAACAUCUAUAUUACCAGUGAUCAGGAUUUGAUAAUCUCUUACUGCAAAUCAGAAGAAGGAUGUGAAGAUGAAGGUGAAGUUAUCUCUGCAGCUUCUGCAGUUGGAUCCAUCAACAUGAGCAAUAUCCUUACUGGAAAGUGCAUUGCGAAAAUAUCGGCAAAUGACCCUUUAAUCCAGACGAGUCCACGUAAAAGAGGAGAUGCCAGUAGAUCUUCCAUUAGAUGUAGUGUUCGUGAAGCCCUUGAAGAUGUUACAGCUUUGUUCUACGAUGAGGAUAGGAAUGAGAUCUACACUGGAAACAAACAAGGAUUGAUACAUGUCUGGUCAAAUUAGCUUACUUUUUUUCCUUGUAAACAUGGAAAUCAAGUAAUUUACCUGUAAGAUAUGUGCCAAUUUUUCUUAGAGACAAAGGUGGCCGUUCGUUUUAGGUUAAUUAGGAUUUGUAUAAUUGUUAUUUUUGUCAUUUCUGAACUUUGAAUAGUUUGAUUGCGCACUUAGUAAUGUAAUAUUGACCAAGCAAUGUGCUGUAUGAUAGUUGGAACUGGUAGCUUAAUGAUGUUUAUUUUGAGAGCAGAUAGGGAGAGGUUGUUUACUUGUUUUAUGUAGCUUUAGUUUAUCUUUUGUUUUGCGAUA